UCUUUGCUGUGGGAUCAAUUGUCUUGCUCAACGGUCAGGAAUGUCAGCUGGCAACGACAGCGGAGCUCGGCUCACCCAGUUCAAAAACAAAGGGAGAGAUGCCAAUGAGCUAAGGCGCAGAAGAGCGGAAGUCAAUGUGGAGCUCCGGAAAGCAAAGAAGGAUGAUCAGAUCCUCAAGAAGAGAAAUGUCCACAGCCUUCUGGACGAGCCGACCUCUCCUCUCCAAGAGCAGGACCCAAACGCACAGCCUCCUCAGCACUGGACUGUAGAGGAGAUUGUAGAAGGUGUAAACAGCCAGAAUCUAGAUCAUCAGCUGCAGGCCACACAGGCAGCCAGAAAACUCCUCUCCAGGGAAAAACACCCACCCAUUGACAGCAUCAUUGCUGCUGGUCUCAUCCCGAAGUUUGUUAGUUUUCUGGCAUUGUCUGAAUGCCCUCCCAUCCAGUUUGAAGCAGCUUGGGCUCUAACCAAUAUCGCAUCAGGCACCUCAGACCAGACCGCUGCAGUAGUGGAAGGAGGAGCCAUUCCAGCCUUCAUCAGCCUGGUCGCAUCACCCCACCCACACAUUAGCGAGCAAGCCAUUUGGGCCCUUGGUAACAUUGCAGGAGAUGGAUCCAACUACAGAGACCUAGUGAUCAAACAUGGUGCUCUCGAGCCACUCCUAGCCUUGCUGGCAGCCCCUGAUCUGUCUGUCUUUCCUUCUGGCUACCUGCGCAAUGUCACCUGGACGCUGUCCAACCUGUGUCGAAACAAGAACCCAGCACCUCCUUUGACGGCGGUGCAACAGCUGCUUCCAGCCCUUGUGCGCCUCCUGCACCACGAUGACAGGGAGGUUCUGGCCGACACUUGUUGGGCUGUGUCCUACCUGACUGAUGGCUCCAAUGAGAGGAUAGAGGUUGUGGUGCAGUCUGGCCUGGUGCCCCGUCUUGUGCAGCUGCUAGCCUGCGGAGAGAUUUCCAUUGUGACUCCAGCCCUGCGGUCACUGGGUAACAUUGUGACCGGGACAGAUGAACAGACCCAGUAUGUGCUGAACGCAGGUGCUCUGACAAUGAUGCCCGGCCUGCUUAGCCACCACAAACCCAACAUCCAGAAAGAAGCAGCCUGGACUGUGUCCAACAUCACUGCUGGCAAGGACUGCCAGAUCCAGGAAGUUAUCAAUGCAGGCCUGAUGCCUGUCUUGGUGGAGAUCCUCCAACAGGGAGACUACAAGACCCAGAAGGAGGCAGUGUGGGCUGUCACUAAUUACACCAGUGGUGGGACAGUGGAGCAAGUGGCCUACCUGGUCCACUGCAAAGUGCUGGAGCCCUUACUCAACUUGUUGACAGCUAAAGACUGCAAGAUCAUCUUGGUCAUCUUGGAUGCAAUCUACAAUAUUUUACAGAUGGCAUACAAAACUGGUGAGACUGAGAAAAUGUGCCUAAUGAUCGAGGAGCUGGGUGGUUUGGACAAGAUCGAAGCGCUGCAGUCCCAUGAUAAUGAGGCUGUCUACAAGUCCUCUCUUAACAUUAUAGACAGAUUCUUUUCUGAAGAGAAUGAAGACGAGGAUGAGGCUGUGGUUCCUGAGGCCACUACAGACAGCUUUGCUUUCCAGAUCCCUGAAAACCAAAGCACUUUCCAGUUUUAACACGUCCAGUUUGCUAUUUGUGGGGGGGAAAAAAGACAUUUCUGACCUUGUCGAUAUUUUGUAUUUUUUUUAGCCAUUUCAUCCUUGUACAAAACGGUACAAAGACACAAUGUCCCUGUUUUAA